UGAGGGGAUAGAGCACAGUCUAGCAUUUGACUUCACAAGAAAACACACAAUCCCAACAAAAUGAAAUUCCUUAUUGUCGCUUUGGCUUUUGUGGCUUGCGCCUAUGCUGAUGUCUCUGAAUUGGGAUACAACUAUGAACAGCCAGCUGCCCCAGCCCCAGCACCUGCCCCAGCUCCAGUUCAACCUGUCAAGACUUAUAUCCCCCCUGCACCAGUAGCCCCCGCACCAGCCCCAGCUCCAGUGUACGUUGCCCCUAAACCAGUUAAGGUUGCCCCUAAACCAGUUCCUGUUGCCCCUAAACCAGUUCAUGUUGCCCCCGCUCCAGCUCCAGUUGCCCCUGUCAACACCUAUGUCCCACCAGCACCUGUUGCCCCUAAACCAGUUAAAGUUGCCCCUCAACCCGUUCAUGUUGCCCCCGAACCAGCUCCAGUUGCUCCCGUUGUUCAACCCACCAACACCUACAUUCCCCCUGCCCCCGUCAACCCUGUCGAAGAAGUUGAACAAACUCCCGUCGAUGGCUACCGUUACAAGACUGUCCGCCGUGUUGUCUACAGACACCGUGCCUAAGCGUCAGAUUAAGGAAUAUGCAUUUAGUUGAUUUGUUGAUAUUAUAAUUCUAAAUAAAA